AAGGUGGGGGGCAACAGAGAGAGAGAAAGAAAAGAAAGUUCAUGAAUGGGGCUGGGAUAGAAAGACAGCCAUGCUCUGGGGCCAGGGGAAGGGGUGUGCAUCCUUCCCUCACUUCCCUGUGUCUGUCCUUUGUGCUCAUUGUCACACUGACACUCACCUGAACUGCACAGUGAGGAGGAGACUGUGUCUCUGCUGACCUGAGCCCUGCAGGCACAGGGACCCCCAUCUUCCUGAAGCAUCUCUAGGACCUGGGUGACCACUGUCCCUGGGGAGGACCCACAGGGAGGCUGAUGGACAGGUACAAGGUGAAGGGUACCCUGUGGGGGAACCUCUGACCUGGAAGGACAUACCCUGGGUCACCUCUCCUGCAAGGGGCGUCUCAGGAGGCUCUGGAGCAGUUUGCUGCUUGAUCAUGGAAACAACAACUAGGCUUCUGGGAAGACACUGUUCCUCUUCUUGAGUUACUGCUGAUGUGACAAGCCUGUGCCAAGUAGGGCCAGCCUCCCAGUGACCACACCCUGUGAGUUUGUCUACCCUGAGGACUCCAUGGUCUCUUCCUCCUGCACAGCUGGGUUCAGAGAGGAAACACCAUGACCUCCACUCUCAUGGCCCUGCUCUAUCUUGGGCUGAGCAUGGGCCUGAGGACACCUAUGCAGGCAGGGACCCUCCCCAAACCCACCCUCUGGACUGUGCCAGGCUCCAUGGUCCCCUGGGGGAGGCCUGUGACUAUGUGGUGUCAGGGGAGCCUAGAGGCUGAGGAGUAUCGUCUGGAUAAAGAAGGAAGCUCAGCACCCUGGGACAGACAAAUGCCACUGGAUCCUAGGAACAAGGCCAAGUUCUCCAUCACACACAUGACAGAGCACACUGCAGGGAGAUAUCAGUGUCAUUAUCUCAGCCACAGGGUCUGGUCAGAGCGCAGUGACCCCCUGGAGCUGGUGGUGACAGGUUUCUACAGCAAACCCAUCCUCUCAGCCCUGCCCAGCCCUGUGGUGACCUCAGGAGGAAACGUGACCCUCCAGUGUGGCUCACAGCAGGUUUUUGACAGGUUCAUUCUGACCAAGGAAAGAGAACACAGGUUCUCCUGGACCAUGGACUCACAGCAACAGUCCAGUGGGGAGUUUUAGGCCCUGUUUUCUGUGGGUCCCGUGACACCCACCCACAGGUGGACAUUCAGAUGCUAUGGUUAUGAGAGGUACACCCCCCAGAAAUGGUCAUCACCCAGUGAUACCCUGGAGCUUCUGGUCUCAGGACCCUCUGGGAGCCCCAACCUUCCACCCACAGGGCCCAUUUCAACACUUGGUCUUCAAAAGUACCAGAAAAUUUUUAUUGGAGUCUCUGUGGCCUUCGUCCUGCUGCUCUGCUUCCUCCUCUUUCUCCUCUUCCUCCUCAAGCACCAGAAGAAAUGCAGAAAGUCAGGUGUUUCAGACCCUGAAGUUAAGACCAGAGCACUACAGAAAAGCUCCAGCUCUGUGGCUCCUGUUCAGGGGGAGAACCAGUGCAAUCAGAGAGGAGGUUCUUCCAUGAGAGAUUCCCAAUCUGAGGAAGACGAAGUGAUGGACAGUAAGGAUACUCCAUCUGAAGACCCCCAGGAUGUGACCUAUGCCCAGCUGAACCACAAGACCCUCAAACGAGCAGCAAGUGCACCCCGUUCCCCCCCAUCAGAGGAGCCCCCAGAUGAGCCCAGUGUGUAUGCUGCUCUGGCCGUCCACUAGCCCAGAAAGGACCCAGAACCCACACUUUAGAGAAGGGGCCUGCAGGGACCCCAGAUGGCACAGGGGCUGUCAACUUGGAUGCUUCGCUACUGAUCCCAAGUCUGAGGAUGCUCUGUAAGCAAGCAAGAUACCACAAGACCUAGAAGUCACCUCGUUCUGCAGAGGAAGAUAACCAUGAACUCUGUACUUUUAUUUUUUCUUUUUUAAUAUAUUUUAUUGA